ACCCAGCCACUGGUUCACGCGGGUAACUCCGGGACCAAACACGCUCGGGCGCAAUUUAAAUGCAGGCUCCUUGGAGCAGGAGAGCCUCAGUGCCUCGAGUCAACUUUCCAAUUCCUGAGCAGAGGUAGUGACUUCCGUAGUUCAGUUAGGAGAGGGCAGCGAUCGAUGGCAUCCGCAGCUGGAGGCAGGAGGAAGACGGCCUGCGUCACCGGAGGGAGCGGCUACAUCGCCUCGGCGCUCAUCAAGACGCUCCUCGAUCACGGCUACGCCGUCAAGACGACCGUCAGAAACCCCGAUGACCUGGAGAAGACCUCCCACCUCAAGGAUUUGCAAGCAUUUGGCCCCUUGGAGAUCUUCCGUGGUGAGCUGGAUGUGGAAGGCAGCUUCGACGACUCGGUUUCGGGCUGCGACUAUGUAUUCCUCGUCGCCGCUCCGAUGGACAUGGGGUCACUGGAUCCUGAGAGAGAUCUUGUCCAGGCAGGCGUCCAAGGAACCCUGAACGUGAUGAGGUCGUGUGUGAAAGCGGGGACAGUGAAGCGUGUGAUCCUGACGUCGUCGGAUUCCGCGGUGUGCCAGAGGCCGCUGGAAGGCGACGGGCACGUCCUGGACGAGGGCUCCUGGUCCGACGUGCCGUACCUGAGAGCGGAGCAGCCAGAGGCUUGGGGGUACGCGGUGUCGAAGGUGCUCAUGGAAGAGGCGGCGGGCAAGUUCGCGGACGAGAACGGCCUCAGCCUCGUCAGCGUGCUGCCCACCUUCACCCUGGGCGCGGCGCCGGUGUCGCAGGCCAGAACCAGCGUCCCCGUCGUCCUCUCCUUGUUGUCCGGCGACGAGGAACAGCUAAACCUCCUGGAAGCCAUGCACUUGAUCACCGAAUCCGUGUCAAUAAACCACAUCGACGACCUCUGCCGUGCCCAGGUGUUCCUCGCCGAGAACGAGGCCUCGUCUGGGAGGUACAUCUGCAAUAGCCACGACACCACCGUCAAGCAGAUCGCCCGUCUCUUCGCAGACAAGUACCCACAAUACAACGUGAAAUCCCAACGGUAUAUAUAUGAGAGCUACCUUUCCUCAUCCUCGAGACCUGGACACAGACAUGGACUUUUUGUUUUGUUUGUAACGAUAUCCAUGCCUUCUUUUUGCAGUUUUGAUGGGUCCCCUGAGAAGCCAAGAGUGUGCCUCUCGUCUCAGAAGCUCAUCGGAGAAGGGUUCGUCUACAAUUACGAUGACCUAGGUGCGAUCUUGGACGACCUCGUCGAGUACGGCAGGACCACGGGGAUUCUUCCCUAUUGAUAUGCUCCUCCUGUUCUGCCGAUCGUAUGUAUGUGAUCGGAACGCAACAGUGUGUGCUUUCUUCGUCAAUGGCAGGUCUCGGAACAACACGACAGUGUGCUUUCUUCGUUCUUGGGCAGGUCUCUAUGGCUCUGAAGAUUGGGGAUCUGAUCUCCUGUUGUUUUUUGCCCCGUAGUGUGGUCUUGACGCCAAGGCCACAGGCGGGUUUUCCUA